GAAAUUUCAUGUUUCUCAAGCCAUGUUAGCCUUCCUGCACCGUUUGUGAACGUUAUUUCACCAGACGUAAAUAAGUCCGUUUAUAUCCACAGUUCGUCUUUAUUGGAAAACAUCGUGUGCUGCAACGAUUAAGACGAGGAGCAUGGAAUAACUGUCUACGUGGCCAGACCAUAUGAUGAGUUGUGUAUUUCGUUGUUUACAGGAAUAGGACACACGUUUUCGAAUACUUGUCCUUGCCAGUAUAAGUUCCUGCGUGUACAGCUUUCUACAUAAUUAAUACCUUUUUUCGAAAUUUAACUUUUAAGUCUUAACAGGUACGGAACAUAUGGAAGGACAAGAACCAAAAGUCCAGUGGUGUUUUCAUUGAAGUUACUACUUUCCGUGUGUUCAACUUUAUCAAACUUCAAAGUGGGUGUCGACGACUAAGGGGCCACAUUUUAACAUAUUGUUAAUUAGUUUUGCUAUUGUUCUGUUGUAUAGUAGCAGAAUUGCCACACAUUUGCACAUUUUGUGACAGUACCAAAUGACAGAGAGACGAUAUUGGUAAAUCCGUGUGAAAGUUGGCCACACCAGCUGUUGUUUCCAAGUGACAACAUGGCUUCAGCUGUAAGCUCUGCCCAUUCCAGUCAGUCUGACUGUACUGUGAGGAAAGGCAGUGCUGGUCAAGUUUCAAAUGACUCCAUGGCCCAAAGCGGUGCCAACCAGCCCUGUGAUGCAGCAUCCACCAAUGGACAAGAAGAAUCUGUAAAUAAGACUUGUACAGAAACUUCAUCAUCCUCAAGUAAUAAUGGUCCGAAAGAAAAAAAAGAAAACGAUAAGACUGUAAAACGAUUUGACAGCAAAAACUUCAUUGAGGCUCCUCUUCCCAAAACCAAUCCAUGGAAGAAGCCGAAAGAUGUUUCCAGUCCUCCGCCAACAGAAAACCGUCAACCAGAAAAGGUGUCAAAACCAGCUGUAAAAAGUCCCAAGAAGGUUGAAGAAAAGGAGGCUCCUCUUGCCGAUGACAACUGGCCUGCUUUAUGUGAAGUAACUGAGUCUCAAAAUGUCAACAAAAAAGUGUUACCCUCAUCGACUUCACAACCAGCGCCAGCGAGUAACCCCCCACCGGCAGAUGUUGGGGGGUACGACUCUUCGAAGGAGAACAAGGAGAAUACUUCGGAUGAAGGUCCCCGCACUCCGAAAGGAAAGAAAUCUGGUUCUCGGCAGAAGUGGGUUCCGCUGGACAUUGACCCACCCAAGUCUGACCGGCGCCAGAGAAGAAGUAGAAGUCAGGGUCGAGGCCCGAUGUCUCCAUCCAGCGUGAGACGGGACACCCGCCGACCUGCAGACAGACUAGUCAGGGGAGAUAAGCGUGAUGGUCCAGAUUCCAGGAACUGGAGGGAUGACAUGUUGGGACCAAAUAGCAGUGAGGGUAGAGGUGGAUACUCUCGGGGCCGUAGAGGGCGAGGGCGUGGUGGAAUGAGAGGGCGUGGCCGGGGGAGAGGUAGUAGUAGUGGAGGUAGUGAGUCGGGUUCAGACUUUCAGCAGUUUGCAUUUGAUGAUCAGGCUGUGUUCGGCGAUCAGAAUUUCAACCCUGCAUUUGGCGGAACAGUCUAUUUCACAACGCCUUCUGUUGAUAAUACAGUUGUGAAAGAGUUUGUUAAAACUCAAAUAGACUAUUACUUCAGUGAAGAAAAUCUGCAGAGAGACUUCUUUUUGCGCCGACGCAUGGAUUCUGAGGGCUGGAUCCCCGUCAGUUUGAUUGCAAGUUUUCACAGAGUCCAGGCUCUCACUCAAGACCUGGACCUUAUUAUAGAGGCGUUAUCAGAGAGUUCCGUUGUUGAACUGUCGGAAGACAACCAGCGGGUUCGUGGAGCGGACAAUCCUUCAAAAUGGCCUCUAGAGGGACCAGCAUUAAUAGCAGCGUCCAAGUUGCAUGUCGAUGUUCCUGAAUUCGUACCGGGAAAGCCGUUUCAUUUUCAGUCCCCAGGUGCGGAUGACGGUGACAAGGACCAGGAUGACCUGCGGUGGCAGGAGAUGUCGUGGAAGUCGAGUCCGCACCCGUCCACUCACAUCCUGUCGACGAGUGCCCCCGAGCUGCAGGGUGAGUGGCGGGAGGUGCGACGCAGGGAGAAGAAAGCCGCCCGCGAGAGGGAGAAGUCCGAGGCGAAGGGAGGAUCCCAAGUUGAGCAGCAACAGGAACAGGAGGAGCUAGACUUCCUGUUUGACGAGGAGCUGGAGGAGCUGGACGUGGGACGCAGAAACAACUUCACAGACUGGUCUGACGAGUCUGAUGAUGAGAUUGCCGACAGUGACAUCUCGAAGAUUUUAAUUGUGACCCAGACACCGCCAGCGUAUCGGAAACACCCGGGCGGAGACAGAACAGGCGACUACGUUCCACGCUCCAAGAUGACCUCCGAGUUGUUCAAGGUCAUCAACGACGGCCUUUAUUAUUACGAGCAGGACUUGUGGGAGGAAACCAAUAAGAAAUUUAUAUUACAGCUGGACCUCGGUGCGAUACGCACUGUAAACUUGAUAUCAAAGGAGCAGUUUGAAAACCUCGCACCAUCCACGCACAAUUUGCCGCCGAAACAAGAGCUUCCACCGCCGCCACCACCGUUCGUUCAAAGCAGUGAAGCGAGGAAAAUGCCGUCCCCAACAACAUCUCAUGGAGCUGCCAUGGCCCAAUCUCUGCCGACUCGCGUUCCGGACACGCCUGGUCGCCGCGACCAAGGGCCACGGACACCACACAGUCGAAACAAGGCGCCGCGGUUUUACCCAGUUGUCAAGGAUUCGUCCAAACCACCAGACCCACAGACGCCACGUAAGAAGAAGACUCGCCACAGCAGCAACCCGCCUGUUGAGAGCCAUGUGGGCUGGGUGAUGGAUGCCAAGGAACACCGGGCGCGAUCUCGAAACAACUCCACAUCAAUGAGCCCAUCAGAUACUCAGCUGUCAUCUAGCUACGGCAGCAUGCCUCAGUCAUUCCCCCACUUUGAACAUCCAUCGCAUCAGCUGCUGAAAGAAAACGGAUUUGUGUGGCACGUCUACCACAAGUAUCAUGCCAAGUGUCUCAAAGAACGGAAGAGAGUUGGCAUUGGUCAGUCUCAGGAAAUGAACACCAUGUUUCGAUUCUGGUCAUUCUUCUUGCGGCAGCAUUACAACAAGAAGAUGUUCCAGGAGUUUCGCAGUCUCGCCGUGGAGGACGCUAAAGCUGGAUACAGAUAUGGUUUAGAAUGCCUGUUCAGAUACUUCAGCUAUGGCCUUGAAAGAAGAUUUCGGCCAGAGUUGUUCAAAGAAUUCCAGGACGAAACCAUCCGAGACUAUGAAAGUGGUCAGCUUUAUGGAUUGGAAAAAUUCUGGGCUUUUCUCAAAUACUCGAGAAGAAAAGUGGAUAUUGAUCCAAAAUUGCAGUCCUGGCUAUCGAAAUUCAAACGGCUAGAAGAUUUUAGAGUAGAUUUCGAGGACCAACCUGGAGGCAACCCUUUGCCAAAGAUAAACCGACAGAACAGCCAACCGUCACAAGGUACUCAAGAGAAAACGAGUGAAAUGGCAGACCAAUCAAAGGAAGUUUCACAAACGUCUGAUGUCGGUAAAGAAGCGGCUAAGAGCACAUCUGAAAACAGCAAGCAGGCAGGAGGAGAAAAACCAUCAGUUGAAGCCUCGGAGGCGUCUGCAGUUAAAGUAUUAUAGUUUAAGAUUUGUCUUAGUCAGUCUAUCAGUCACUAUUGCUUGUGUCAACUGUUGGUCAACUAGAAAAAUCACAGUCAUAGUUUAUCUUUUUUGUCUUGCACUGAUCUUGAAAUCUAAGUGUGUUUUAAGAAUAAAGGUGAAAAAAAAAAGGCAACAGAUUUGUAAAUGAGAAGUAGUUAAGAGAACUUCACACUGAUUUUCAUAGUUUUUGUGGUUCUCGUCAAUCUGGUAACCACGUUCAGAUUUUAAUUUUUUUUAGAAUUGUAAGUUAUUAACCCCAUUAACAUUUAUCAGGAUUAAUAAAAUGGAAGAGUAGAAUUUUUUAAAUUGAUAAAGUUUCAUUUGAAUGUUCUCUCUCCUAGAGAGUAACGAGCUCAUGUACAGAUAAAACGUUUCUGUUUAGAACCCCUCCCAAAAAAGAAAUAACUUAUAGAGAUCACUAACACUAAUGUUUUAUUUCAGUGACUCAAUUAAUUUAAACAGACAAGAGUUAUGAGCUUUACAAUAUAUUGGAGUAACUCGCACAAAAAUUAAAUUGUUUAGCAAAAGUGGUGAAUCUCUGUAAAGACUAUUUUAGUUUUGUGCUUGCUUACUUUGGUAAUAAAUCCAAGUAAACGCUCAAGGAAUCUGAAUUGUAUUUUUUAACUUACACUAAGUGCUUCCUGUACUUACUGCCAAAUGUUAAAAUUUAACCUUUCCAUUCAAAAUAAUAAGAAAAUGACACAAAUUUUCAAUUCAGCUACAAAAUAUUUUCCCAUAUUUCUUGGAAGUUUUAACAAAUAUUGUUUAGUCUUCUCAUUUGUCAAUAGGUAUGGCAUUACUUAGGGGAAACAAGUAAAAGUGUUGACAAUAUCUUAUUUACAUUACUGCUUACUUGAUAACAAGUAAAAUUUUACGUUUGUGAUACAAUGUAUUAUUGAGCUAAACCUGUCUGUUGACAGAGUGGUUCUUUUCAAUUGUUGUUUUAGUGCCUUGGAAUUACUAUGGGUAACCGUGUGAUAUGAUCUGCGUGAACUGACAACUGUGAGAUAUCACUGGUAUGAUCCGAUUGAUUCUCAUCAACUAGUAUUUGCAAUAAACGCAUGGACAUUAUUUGGUGAUAAAAGACAAAUGAUUUAAAACCUCCAAAAGUGUGAUUUUUGUAUGAAUACCAUCGUACACUGAUCAUGUUUUGUAUGAAUACCAUCGUACACUGAUCAUGUUUUGUAUGAAUACCAUCGUACACUGAUCAUGUUUUGUAUGAAUACCAUCGUACACUGAUCAUGUUUUGUAUGAAUACCAUCGUACACUGAUCAUGUUUUGUAUGAAUACCAUCGUACACUGAUCAUGUUUGUCACCUGAAAAUUGUUAACCAGCGACCUAAUGUGUGUGUCUACAAACUAACCACUGCUUAAUAUAGGUCACUUGGUAUUGAAUUGGUGUUAAGCCAAUGGUAUAAUGAUUACUUUAGACAGGUAGUUGGUUAAUACAGGUCAGUUUCUACUGUAUGGGGAGUUGAGUGAAUAUACAACCACUUUAGACAGGUGACUGGUUACUACAGGUUGGUGUAUGCUAUAUGGGGAGUUGAGUAAAUAGUACCACUGUUUUAGACAGGUGACUGGUUACUACAGGUCAGUAUGCUAUACUGGGAGUUCAUUGAAUAGUACCAUUGUUUUAGACAGGUGACUGGUUAACACAGGUCAGUUUGUACUAUAUUGGGAAUGAGAAGAAUAGUAUUACCACUCGUUGAACAGUUUCUACAUUUAUUAACCCCAAAUUGAUCAGGAUGGUGUUAAUUUGAUGAAACUGUAGAGAAAAUGAAGAUGCCUAAUGAUGUCAACAAGGUUUUGAUGUAUUCAUGCUAUUUAUUUUUAGAACUUAUAUAUUCACAGUCACAAUAGAGCUGUCAUUUACACAGAUGAUUAAUAGAAGAAAAAGAACACCAAUGUACUUUGAAUAUAUAGGACUGAAAUUGUAAUGAUGUGGAAAACAGUUUUGUGAAUUCAAAACACUGCUUUGUAAAGAUACACACAAUUUCUAAUUGUUUUUUUUUAAUUUGUUGUAAUUGAUUAUAAAUAAUGCAUUUUGGUGUAUUGACUACUGUUUAAUUAUGUGUUGUGGAAGAUCCAUUUAAAAUUCAUGUCCAUAAUUGUCUUAUGGAACUCAAAAAGAUAUCUUUAUUUUCUCAUGUUUGCCGGUGUUUUAGAAUUAUUUUGUCUCAUUUAUUUUAUUUUAAUUUUUUAAAAUACAAAAGAAGUUGUGAUCAACAUUUGCAGUAUCACAUUGUUUAGAUAAAGAAAGUAUCAUCUUUAAAUGCAGGUAAAAUGUUACAAGUUGAUUUAAUGUGUUUUUCAUUUCAACAAAAUUUUGUUUUCUCUAGUAUGUUGGUAACUCGUGUUAUGUAAACUGUAUCCUGUUACAUUUGUUAAUUGUAAUAGUAAGAACACAAAAUUAUUCAAUUAUUUAUUUUGGUUUCAUUAAUCCAAUUUUAUAUCAGAAAGGUAUUUGAUAAUAUCCAGUGUCGUUGCUGACAAGGUAUUUUUCUGUCUGUUGUGAUAUUUGUAAAAAGCUUUUUUUCAUCCGGAUUGAAAUGAUCCAUUUGCUAUUUUUUUUACCUUUCUAAAUGUUAGAUUAGGAGAAAAUAGCUUGUUUUGUUAUUUGACUAUUGAUAUGAGUAUUUAUUUUUCAUCUUGUGUAGACAGUUAUGUGGCAUUCUUUUCAAAUGCAGGAUUAUUAUUUUUUAUUUCUAAAGUUGUUACUGUGUAAUAAAUAUGUACAGCUUUCAAGAAUUAAUACUUGUCAAAAUUAAUACCAUAUAUUCAAUCAAGUAUUUAUUCGAUGAAUUGUUUUAUUAAGCUAUAUUAGCAGAGCAUCAAUGCUGAUGAAACUUGCUUCCUGGCAUGUUGCAAAAGAUUGUUUUUGAUAUAUUCAUAUAUUAGUCAAAAUCUUCAUCGAUGUGUUUUUUAAAUAUCAUAUUUUUUAAAUAGUGGGUAUUUAUUAGUUGGGUUUUUUUAAAGGUAAAACAUUGGGGUGGGGUGGGAAAACAAAUUGGCAUUUACUAUUCCAUCAAAUUCAUUGAAGAAUAAUCUAAUUUAUUAAAUUUUUUAAGAAUCAUCCAAUUAACAAAUUAAUUUGGGAAGUAUUUAUUUUCAGUUGCCAUUUUCGUUUUGUAUUUUAAACAAUGGAUUUAGCUUCGUAAAGGCAAUGGGUGAAAAAAGGAUCAUUUUUAUUGGGAUCAAUUUUCUCUUUUUAAUCAUGCAAUUUAUAUUAUUAUUUUACAAUAACCGUUCCACUGAUCAUUCUUGUAUUUGCAAGUUAUGAAAAAAAAGAAGGAAAAACAAGUAAUUGUUUUAGUUUAGUUUUGUUGUCAAUAUGCUGUACAUAGUCUUAAAAUAUAUAGUUUUGUGACAUGGUUGCAGUUUUAUUUUCUGGUGCACUGACAUUUUAUUCUGUCAUAGAUAUUCAUUAACCUGUAUAUUGUGUAUCCUAGUUACCAUUGCUGUGGAGAUUGUAUAUCAUAUCAUAUAUAAACCAACUGCUCUCAUCAUUUUCUUCUACAUAUUGCAGGAGAUGAUUACAUUUUUGAGUGUGAAAUCAAAGUAGCCGAUGUUUCGGUCAAGCCACGCUGCUGUUAUUUUGGGAGUAAUUGUGAUAGUUAUUUUUCUUUUUGAAAUUAAAUAUUUUUUAGGACACAUCAUCAAAAUCACUAACGGGUAACUAUUGUUUGAAUAUAUUUUAUUAAAAAUAAAUUUCAACCUACCUGGUGGUGGGGGGGGGGUUUCGUUUUUUUUUUCUUCGUUUUUUUUUUUUUUUUCUUUUUUUUUCUUUUUUUUUGUCACCAAAUACCAAACCAUACCUGUGAUUAUUUUGUUUUGGCAACCAACACGUGUUCAUUGAAUGCUCAACAAAGUGAAUUCUAUGUGGCCUAAGGGGCUAAGUAUUUAUUAUGAUUAUUUCUCUUGCAAUAUAAACCGCAUGAAUAAUCUUCAUUAUGAUAGAGGCAUUGUACUCAUAAACUCCUUAAUCUCUAUGCAUCUUUCCCUUGUAUGCACGUGUGUCAUAUGUAUAUUAAACUUGACAUGUAGAUUGUUUCUCAGACAAAAUAGAAAAAAAAAAGUGUGUUCAUUGAAACAAACAAAAAAUGGUUGUAUUUUAACUGUUUUAUGUAGCCAAAGAUUGAUUGUAAAUGGUAAUAAUUGGGUUUUAAUAAACCGACUGUGUUUGUAAUGUAAACUGUGAUUACUCCGAUAGUUGUGAAAUUGAAAAUGCUGUUAUUUUAAGUACUUGAAGCCAGCCUGUAGUGUCUUUCCCUCAUUGGCGGGUUUAUAUUCUCUUAUUUACAUGUGGCUGGGCUUGUAUUGUUUACUGCAGUAAUGUCCCUGUGAAUAAUUUUGUGCUCAACAUUUUUUUUUUUUAUUAAUAUAUAUUUUUUUUUAAAUAUUGUUUUAAAGUUUUCAGAAGCUAUUCCAGUUGUGUAGUAAAAUUUUGUUAUGAAAAUAAAAAAAAUUACACUGGAGAGAUCUGGUUGAAAAACCCAAAAAACUUAUAAUUACAGGAUGCUACAACUAGCUAUAGGCAACAUAAAAUUAUGAAUGAAUGCUAAACAAAUCGGAUACUGAAUGCAGAAACGCUUUCACAGGUGCAGCUUGUGCUCUAGGCAAAUUAAGUUUGCCUAGAAUAUUUAAUAAAUACCAGAUAAAUUUAAUGAAUGCAAAAAAAACAAAAAAACCCAUCUUCAUAGAUUAGUGUUUACUUGUAAAUGGCCGAUCUCUCCCUACAAUUGUUUUUGUUAAGUUACACAAUACAUGGCUUGUUUCGUCCAAAUCUAGAUUUAAUGGAGUAUUUACACAUUACUUAUUUUAUUUAAACUUUUUUAUGUUUAAAAAAAAAAUAAAAAAUUGAUGUACAACAGUAUUCUCAUGAGUAGAAUUCAUGCAGACAUACUGUCAGCUUUAUUGAUAGUAGAAUUCAUGCAGACAUACUGUCAGCUUCAUUGAUAGUAGAAUUGAUGCAGACAUACUGUCAGCUUCAUUGAUAAUCUUAAUCUUCAAUUUGCUUUUGUUUGCAAAAAACUGAAAUAAUGUUAUGACAACAGUAUCAUCCUUAAUAAUCUGUUUUAUUCAGUCUUAAUAUAUAUGAUAAAGUGUAAAAUAAUUAUGACAGUUUUUCAUAUGAUAAUGUGCUCAAAUAAGAUGGAUCUGUGAAGAAUUGACCAACCAAUGUUGAAGAAUUGGUUGGGUGAUAAAUUUGUUUUAAUAAUACACAUGUGGGUGGCAUGUGAAUUUUAGGGAUCAAAAUAUAUUAUUCCCCAUUUUUGCUUUGAAAAUAAGAAAAUGAGCUUCGUAAGUAAAUUGGCUCUUACUCAAGUGUGAUAAUUUAUUUAUUAUUGGAAACUAGUUUGUUACAAAAAUUCAGUGAGAUCGGUUUCUAAUUUAUAAUAAGAUGUGCACAGAUGUUCUAAUUUUCAACAUGUUUCUUAAAAGUACUUAAAAUGUGAUUGCUUCAAUUAAAUGUUUUUAACCAUAUUAAAUAUUACCAUUUUAUGAUGUAAGUUUUUUUAUAUUUUUUAUUUAAAAAUAAAACAGAAGUUUUAAUGUUUGGAAGUAGCUUGCAGGUUUAUAAAACUUUAGUUUAGUGCUUAUAAAACUUCAGUCUGCACAGAAGACCUGAACUGUCAUUAUUAUUAUUAUACAGCAGUGUUCUCACUGCUCAAUUUAAGCAGGGCGGCCCGCCCCACUGCAUUUUACCACCCUCCUCUCACGUUCUCCGCCCUCCUUAAUUUUUCUGCACCCCUCUUUAUCACCGUACUAUAUUUUACAGCACCUAUCUCCACUAUUACCAAAUGCACUUUUUUCCCACACAUAAACAAAUCCAGUCUGCACACUGGACAUCAAAGGAAACAAGUUGUGUUGUGUAUGAAAAAGCAAUUGAUGAAACAUUAACUGUAAAGUAAUUGAACAGUAUAUUUAACAGCCUCUAUUUUGUUCCAUACCUCUAUCCAUUUGUAUGUUUAAUACACACAAUAAAAGUUAUAUUUUAUUUGAGCAGUGAAUUUUUAUUUUUUUUUACGGAUUUGGCAAUCUUGGAUU